UAGAUUAUGGCCAGGAUCACCAGCUAUACCUACCGAGUAGAGGCUAUAUAUAAAUAACAUGAAAUGCUUAUUUACCAAGCUAAGCACGCCUUUUCCUGCUUCUACUCCCCUCUAUCAAACAGCUCCUUGACCUCAAUGCAGUCUCAAUGUCCUACACACUUUUACCCUCAUCUUCAAAACCACACCCCAAUUCCAACACCCACUUCCUACACCAUCAUCUCCCGCUUCUCCUCACCCUAUCGAUUAUCCUCCUACUCACCCUCACCAUCGUCUUCCUCCUCCCCAUCACCGGCCUCGGCAUCGGCCUCUUCAGCACCCCAACCUCGUCAUGUCCAUGUCCAUGCCUUACCCAUCCUAACCCUGAACCACACUCAUCCUCAUCGUCAACCUCGCAAGAACCCAUCCUAUCAGAACAAUACACCCUCAAAUCGUUCCGCGAGGAUACCCAUAACGAACUUUUUACCUCCACCUUCCCCCCACCCCAUAACCACGACCAAGACCAAACCAAUGACCAUUCAUGGAACGAAAGCAACUUAAUCCCCCCCACCAGCGGCGGCGGGAUCUUUGCGUCUCACCUGGACAGCAAAACAGAGGAGAUCGCGGAGGGCGUCGACCCGAACAGAACGCACAGCGGCGUCUUGGACAGGUCGUAUGGGAUCGCGAUGUUUCAUCAACUCCAUUGUCUUGGGGCAUUGAGGGGGAGGAUUUUCGGCGAGGAUUCAGCGCAUCAGCACCAGCACCGGCAGCAUUCAGGGCAAGCUCAUGACUCUAGUUCUGGGGAUAAAGACCCCGAAUUCGAAAGAAGGAAAGAAACCGAGCACAUGCUGCAUUGCUUCGAUUAUAUUCUUCAGUCCAUCCUCUGCAGUGUGUCCGACACGAUCGAGCGUCCGAAACAUAUCGCGCCGCAUGGAAGGCCAAUGUGGCAUGUUGAUGGGAUCGGGGACGUGCGGCGGUGUCGGGACGCGAGGGUGCUGUGGAGGGUGUCGGAGCAGAGUUUGAGGGAGCCGGUUGAUAUGAGGGCGUGGAGGUGGGAGGUGGGGAUUGGGGUGAGGGAGUUCUUUUCUUAG